CGGGCUGGGCAGCGCGGGUGCGCGUCCCGUCUGCCCAGCCCGGGACGGACAGGGGUCCGGCUGCCUCGAGUGUCGCCCACGGGCGGCUCCUUGGCUGCGGGGUGCUGAGUGACCUUGGCCCUUCAGCUGUAGGUGGUGAUGCGGGUGCGGCCACGCGAGGUGGUGGGUGUCUCUGGGGUGGGCAUUGCUGCGCACGGUGGGUGGGGACCAGGUGCGGGGCCCCAGAAGGGCGGAGGCUGCAGGGCAGCUCCUGGAGCAAAGUUGCACAGCCACGAUCUGGGCUCAGCCACUGGAAAUCUUGUUGGGAGGUGUCCCGGGGGUGGGAAUUGGGUCUGAGAGAGUAGGAAGUGGUAGAAAUGACACCAGCGAGUAUUCAGUUAGACUGCUGUGAUUCUGGCACCGAGCUACAACGCUUCAUCCUCCCAACCACCCCAUAAGAACCUGGGACAGGUGAAGCAUUCCUGGGCAGUGUGUGGCACCGGUGGGACUCUGGCUGGCGCCUCCCCUGCUCCCUCGGGCGCCUGCUGAGCCCAGCCACACCCCUUGUCCCCGGAAAGCCCUAGGGGACACGCCUAGGGAAAUUGUGGACAGUGACUGGACUCCCCAAGCCUGUUGUGCUCCACGCUUGUGGCCCCAGCCUAGCCACCACCCCCCGGGCCUCUCUGCCUGGGAACCUGCCCACCCCACUCCUGAUCCCAGACAAACCGGGUGACCUAGCUCUGCAGACCUUCCCCUAAAGGUUGAGGAAGCCCCACGAGGGUGAUGGGGCGGUGACCAACCCCAUGGCACCCUGAUCAGGGAAUGUGGGAGCUUCCAGAAGCUGUACUCAUUCUUGAGAGUCUCACUCUUCUCAUGAAGCAGAAGUCAUCCAGGGCCAGGGGUGACCCAGAGGGUCAAUCCGGCCCCAAAAUCCCCAUUCAUCUCUCCUCAGUGCUCACCGAAGUCUCGGCCUGGGUCCUGCACACAAAUGGGAUCUCAUGGGCUGGAACCUGGUGACUUCCAAGACACCAGGGCAGAAGAGACCGCAGCUGCUACGUGGUCCCCUUUGUCUUACCUACAGAGCUUUCUUAUUGUGGCUGCCCUUUUUGAUCACCUACUAUGCACUGGCCCUGUGUUGGGUGCUUCCUGUCCAGAAUGGUCAGAUGGGGACAUGUGGAAUAUCAUGUCUUUGUGCGAGUGAGGAAACAAAGUCUCAAAUUGGGCAGGUAUCCCAGCCUACUGGGCUGGUGAGUGGCAGAGCCAGGACAAAAGCCCCAGUACCCAUGUCUGUGCCCUGCCCAGGUCCUGAUUCUCCAGCUCAUUUAGCGAGUUCAUCAGGCUGAGAGGGGCACAGCACUGUGUUGGCCUCCAAGGAGCCUGUCCCAGGGGCUGGGAGUUGGCGGAGCCCGAGGCAGUCCACCCCUGCCCCCACCAUCCAAUUCAGAAGUGGGAGGUCAGGGAAGCCUUCCUGCACAAAGGGACCCUGGAGUUGAGAAACCACAGCCAGGCAGGGAUCCUGAAGCCUCUGACUUGGGGCCUCACCUUUUAGAGUGAGGGGAACAACACACCUUUCUCCCUGUUGUCUAUACUCACUGGGCCUAGAGACACCCCUCACAGCCCUUCAUUUUCAGCGUGGGGAACCAAAGCCCAGAGAGCGCAGCUCUGGGAGGGUCAGCUGGUCAGCCCUACAAGACUACAGACCUGUAGUCCCGGGCUCACUGCCCCUGUGCGCAGAUUGGGGGCCUACCUCGUGCCAGCCCUCGCUGUGAGCACGCACGUGUGAGCCGACACCUGUGGAACACUGAGAAGGUGUUGGCACAGGGCAGUGCUUGACAAGGUACCUGCCUGUGGGGUGCCAGGGAGUGAGUGAUCUUGGCUAAGCCAGGCACUGGGACAAGGGGCUUCUGGAAGCAAUUUGGGCGGGGAGGUCGAUGCCCCAGUGUCUGGACCACAGUUGGUUGGGGGCCAGAGGAACUCAGGAAGGCCUCUUGGGGGCGUGACAGCAAGCUGAGCUGAAUUAACCACGUGGAAACCACAGAAACAGGUAUUCUCAACCCGGGGCGGGGGUCCCAGGCAACACGAUGCCGUUGGGGGCUGCCAGGCGGGAAGGCUCAGGGGCCUGGAGGGCCGGGUGAAGUUGGGUGGGGCCGCUCUCACAGGGCCUGGGAUGCCAGGCCAAGGGCUUCCAUCUGGGCUGUGAAGAGGGAGGCUCAAGUUGGAGUGACAGGAUUGGUGGUCCAUGGUCACGGUUCCAGCUGGGCAAGAACGGAGGGGAUGUGGGGAGUGCUGAAGGCUUGGUGGAUUUGUGCCAGAGUGAUCCAUCUUCCUUUAUCCUAUAAAAACAGUUUGGGGACUUGUUUAUCAGGACCUGGCACCAAGAUGGUUUCCUUUCUUAUGCCUUUUUGUGUUUCCAAGUGCUGCCUGUGUAUGGUUUAUGUGCACAGCUCACAAGCAACCACAGGAAGCGCAGAGUCCCCAAGCCACACAGCUUGGCUUCAGUGCCUGGACUGUGGUGCCCAUACCAGGUGACUCAUAGCUCAUGGUGACUCACGGCUUGCGGUGACUCAUGGCUCUGCUACACCAGAGGCCCAGCCUGGCUACUGGCUCACAGGGUGGUAGGCUGCUACAGGAUGCUGGCUGCUGUCCACCUACAGUCCUUGCCCUUGGGGCUUGGAUUUGCAUCCAUUCAUUGCAGAACUCUUUAGUGAGCGCCUACUGUGUGCCUGGCCCUAUGCACAUAGCACAGCACACACUGGGGACGCAGUGCUGGUGAGGACAACCUCGGGCCUGCUCUUGUCCUGGCAGGAAGCAGACCUACAGAGCUGACCACAGGUUCCUAAUAUGUUUACUGGAAGGGCAGAAAGUUUGGAUGUCAAGAGGUGGCCUCAACACUCCUGUGCCUCGGUCCUGCCCUUGGAUCUGUCACUUUGUAACUGGCUGCAGUCUUGGGCAGGUUACUUUUGUCCUUGCUGUGCCUCAGUUUCCAUAUCUGAAAAUAGGGAUGAUGAUCAUGCUCGUAUUGCAAAGCAGUUGGAAGGAUGAAGGUUGCAGGCAGGCGCAGAGCCCACAGAAUGCCAGAUCAGACCUACUGUGAUCGCCUGGUGCAGGACACGCCUUUCCUGACGGGCCAAGGGCGCCUGAGCGAGCAGCAGGUGGACAGGAUCAUCCUCCAGCUGAACCGCUACUACCCACAGAUCCUCACCAACAAGGAGGCGGAAAAGUUCCGAAACCCCAAGGCGUCCCUGCGCGUGCGGCUCUGUGACCUCCUGAGCCACCUGCAGCGGAGCGGCGAGCGAGACUGCCAGGAGUUCUACCGCGCCCUGUACAUCCACGCCCAGCCGCUGCACAGCCGCCUGCCCAGCCGCUGCGCUCUGCAGAACUCAGAUUGCACAGAGCUAGACUCGGGCAGCGAGCACGGCGAGCUGAGUGACAGGGGACCCAUAAGCUUCCUGGCAGGCCUCAGCCUGGCUGUGGGAUUGGCCCUCCUCCUCUACUGCUACCCUCCAGACCCCAAGGGGCUGCCGGGCGCCCGGCGCGUCCUCGGCUUCUCACCCGUCAUUAUCGACAGACACGUCAGCCGCUACCUGCUGGCCUUCUUGGCAGAUGACCUUAGGGGACUCUGACGACCCCCAUACCCCAGGCCUUUCCUGCUGCUCAGCCAAAGAGUCCCCCAGCCGGCCCACAGAGGGGGCCAGAGCUUGUUUUUAUAAAUGCUUAUUUUUCAUUAUUUAUAAUUUGUGUAAGAAGCACACCUUCACUUUACAAGGUGCUCAGUGAUAUUAAAUGUUCAAGUCCUUUC